UUUUAUAAAUGUUUUGAUAAAUUUUCCAAAUUAUAGUUGCUUUCCAAGAAAAAAAUUAUAAGGGCAGUUCAUGGAUAAGACCAUUUCAACACACAAAAGUCUAAGAAAAAUUUUUUCUCUAUGAAGAGAUGAUUUUGACAAGUAAUCAUUAUCAUUAUCAUCGCCAGUAUUCAUUAUCCGCAAAAAACCCCAAAUUAUUACCGAAAAAAUAAAACUUUGGGUUUGCAAGGACAUAAUUGAAAAUCAGAUAUACAUAUAUAUAUAGGAAAAUGUGUCUUAGCAAGACGAACUCCGUUUACCGAGUCAUAAGCCGAGGAUUUAAUUGGUCAGCUCGCAUAACGGUUUCCGUCAAAGGAGGUGUGCCAGGAGAACAAAACCCGUUAUCUGGACAUAAUGAAGAAAAACCAGCCCAUGAUUGCCUCGAAUAAGGGGCCGAUAUUAAACGAAACGUGGCUUCCACCACCCGUUACAUGGACUUAUUAAAAGAGAUGCGCUCGACAAAGAGAUGCGGCGGAGAUAACGGGCCGAUAUUAACGAAAACGUGCCAUCCAAGCCGACGGAAUCAAGCCAGCUCGGCUCGAUAGCCUAGCCGGAACUGUCCAGUGCGUCUAAAUUCGAUUAAAUCGGUGGCCACGCGUCCGGCAAGCCCUAGACCCUUUGGGGUCCGUACAAUUAGGGCAAGGCCUUCAAAUACCCCAGCUUAUCCCCACCCUUCUUUCACGUGGUCUCUAAAAUAAAAAAUUAUUUGUAUUUUUCUUUUUUAACUUAUGAUUUAUUGACGUGAGUUUCUUUUCCGGCCACUGUUUUGCCGUCUGUCUACGCUUCUCGGUGUAUUUUUAGUGUCUCCGUACCUUUCCCGGCGUAUUUCCGGCACUUCGUAGUUCUCAUUCGUCGGUGCUUCUACGUUCGCUGUCUCCAUUUCCGGCGACAGUGCACUUAUUCUGCGGCUUAGUUCUUUUGCCGGCGACUUUUUGUCGUUUUUGUACACUUCUCGGUCUAUUUUUGUACACUUAACGGCCGGUUUCCCGCAAGUUGCAUGAAUCAUUUGCGGGCGUUUUACUCUUGUAUGUCGUUUUUCUGGCUAGUGUUCUCGCACUCUACGCCACUGCCAUUUUCCGGCGACUUCUGGUUUUUCCGGCGCUCAUACUCUCCAUUCCGUUUCAUUCGCUGAGCAUAUCUUCUCUCCGUGUUAGGCGUUUGGUGCUUUGUUUGCUACCGGUUUUCGGUUUCUUAGUUCUGGAUUGCUUUCUCCUCUGUUUCCUUAUAAACUGCAGUUUCAACUUUCAAGCAUUCUUCUCGCUCUGGUUCUGUAAAUUUUUUACGGACUGCCAUGGAUACCAAGAGAAAAGCAACGGAAACUGAGGAUGAAACAGAAGCAGAAGCCCCUGAAUCAAAGCGUCUCCAUCCUGUAAUCCUUCAUUUAUUGGAGAACACAGAUUCCGGCGACGAGAAUCUCGUUCCAAUCAAUAUUCCAACGGAAAUGGACUUCAUUUCCCUUCUGAAACAAGAAAUAUCUUUUUCGGCGAUAAAACCCGGCGGGGAGACCUCUGUUCCGGUUAUUAUAUCUGGCGAGAAAACGACGGGCUCUGAACAAGUACCAUAUACCGAUCAGAAAGAGGAAGUAAAUGUCUUGGAAAAGGAAACAACUAUGACUGAACCAGUAUUAAAGCCUCUCACUGAACUGACAGAUGUGUCAGAUCAACGCCGGAAUCUUUCAAAUGAGACUGGUAAAGUUUCUGAUAUCGGCGAAAAUGCUAUUCCAGGCGAUGACAGAGCGUCAGAUUCCGACAAUGGAUUGGUGGAAGCUAUCAAGGAGGGGUCAGAUUUCGGCACGAAACUGACUGAUUCAGAGGAGAAAUUCGACUCAUUGAGCAGGGAUAUUAAGGGAAUAGCUGUCUUCUGUGAAGGGACGCCGCCGGAGUCGUCAGUACGCGCUCGCCAAAUUUCUCCGGAAAGCACUUUCCCGUCGACCAAGUCACCGGAAUCUUCGGUUGAGGCCACAGAAGUAGACCGAGAUAUCUCUUUCCUGGCGGCUGCAAUGGCGGGAGCUUCAAAUGACGUGACUGAAAAACCUCAGGAAAGUGGUUUAACGGCGUCAGAAUCCCUGGAAUCGUCAACACCGGUACUGAUCAGUAGCGAUGAAAGCGGUUUAUCCGUGACUGGACUAGAGGGCUCCGGUUAUCCAUUAGGGUACCUUUUAGAAGCUUCAGACGAUGAAUUAGGGCUUCCUCCCCAGUAUGAAGCUUCCAUGGACGUGUUGAGGAGCCCCAUGGCUGUUUUAGACCAGGAAUGGCGGUUUUGCGAUGAGAUGGACGGAGGUUUGGAGAUGUUCAGAUACAGUUUCGAGGAUGAAAUGGCCGGUUUUGAGGGAGAAGAUAGCGGUUUUGGCACGCUUUUCGACCACUCUGACCUGAUGGGAAGGCAGGAAACCAUGCCCGCUCUCUGAGGAAGCGGUUUUGUAACCUGUAAACGCGGUUUUGUAACCCGUAAAAGCGGUUUUGAUAACUAAGAACGGCAAUAGUGGUUUUUGAACACCAGAUAGGCUGAAAUGAUACGACACUUGUCAAUCUCAAGCUAUA